CCUCCGCCGAGAGAGGGGCGUGAGGGCGUGGUGGGCUCCGCUCGCCUGGCCCCACCGCCCCGAGUGGUCGGGGCGUCCUCAACGGGGGCCCUGCCCGGAGGGACGAUCUUGCCCUUCAUGGCGUCCUCUGGAAAGGGCGUCUCGGUUGCGACCUUUUAAAAACACCUCGUUCCUCUUCUCUCUCUGAUCGCCAUGGCCCCGACUCUCCCUGGGACCUUCCCAGAGGGGCUCCUCCCUCCGCCGGGUCUCCUUCCUUCUCGCCGUCGCCUCUCUUCCUCCCCGCAUCCCCGGGAGGGUCCCCUCGUAUGUUAGGGGGCUACCGCGGAGUCCGCGGCUCCGUCACGGUGCCGGCGCUGGCCGCCAGAGGGCGCCGUCGGGGGCGGCGAGGUGCCGUCGCGGCCGCUCCCCUCCCGGCCGAGCCUCGCCCGCUCCUCUCGCGCCGCCGGAAGUGGGAGGUGCGGCGCGCGGGCCGGCGCUCGACCCCUCCCCCCGAGGCUCGGCCGCCCCCUCCCCCCGCUCCGCCCGCUCAGGUGCGUCCCGUCCCUCCCCCACUGCCUCCCGGGGGCGCGGCGCGGGAGAGCAUGAUGGCAGCGGCGUCCGAGGUAGCUGGUGUGGUGUCCAAUGCCCCCAAUCCUCCAGAAUCCUCUUCUAGUUUAUGUGCUUCCAAAUCAGACGAAGGUCUCCCAGAUGGUCUAAGCCCCAAAGACCCUGCACAGAAGCACAAGAACUCACCUCUGUCGAGUGUAAGUAGCCAAACGAUAACCAAGGAGAAUAACAGAAAUGUCCAUUUGGAACACCCAGAGCAGAAUCCUGGUUCAUCAGCAGGUGACACUUCAGCAGCGCACCGGGCGGUUUUAGGAGAAAACUUGCUAGCCACAGCCCUUUGUCUUUCUGGCGGUGGGUCUCAGUCUGAUUUGAAGGACGUGGCCAACACAGCAGGAGAGGAGGGGGACACAUGCCUCCGGGAGAGCCUCCAUCCCGUCACUCGGUCUCUUAAGGCAGGGUGCCAUACAAAGCAGCUUGCCUCCGGGAAUUGUUCUGAAGAGAAAUCCCCACCAGCCUCCAUCCUAAAGGAAGGUAGCAGGGACACAGGCUUGGAUUUCCGACCUGUGGUGCCUCCAGCAAAUGGGGUUGAAGGAGUCAGAGUGGAUCAGGAUGAUGAUCAGGAUAGCUCUUCCCUGAAGCUUUCUCAGAACAUUGCCGUACAGACUGACUUUAAGACAGCCGAUUCAGAGGUAAACACAGAUCAAGAUAUUGAAAAGAAUCUGGACAAAAUGAUGACGGAGAGAACGCUGUUGAAGGAACGUUACCAGGAGGUCCUGGACAAGCAGAGGCAAGUGGAGAAUCAGCUCCAAGUGCAAUUAAAGCAGCUCCAGCAAAGGAGAGAAGAAGAAAUGAAGAAUCACCAGGAGAUACUAAAAGCUAUCCAGGAUGUAACAAUAAAGCGAGAAGAAACAAAGAAGAAGAUAGAGAAAGAAAAGAAGGAGUUUUUGCAGAAGGAGCAGGAUCUGAAAGCUGAAAUCGAGAAGCUUUGUGAGAAGGGCAGAAGGUUUUUGGGUUGUCUUGGAUGGACGGUUCUGCUAGUCUCUAGGGUCAUUCCUGUAGCUGUGGUCGGACGGCAGCUGGGACUGGAACAUCCAAGAGAAGUGUGGGAAAUGGAACUGGAUAGACUCAAGAAUCAGGAUGGUGAAAUAAAUCGGAACAUUAUGGAAGAGACAGAACGGGCCUGGAAGGCAGAGAUCUUAUCACUAGAGAGUCGGAAAGAGUUGCUGGUAUUGAAACUAGAAGAAGCAGAAAAAGAGGCAGAACUGCACCUUACUUACCUCAAGUCAACCCCCCCAACACUAGAGACAGUUCGUUCCAAACAGGAGUGGGAAACAAGGCUGAAUGGAGUUCGGAUGAUGAAAAAGAAUGUUCGGGACCAGUUUAACAGUCAUAUCCAGUUGGUGAGGAACGGAGCCAAGCUGAGCAGCCUUCCUCAAAUCCCUACUCCUACUUUGCCUCCACCCCCAUCAGAGACAGACUUCAUGCUUCAGGUGUUUCAGCCAAAUCCCUCUCUGCCUCCUCGGAUGCCCUUCUCCAUUGGGCAGGUCACAGUGCCCAUGGUUAUGCCCAGCGCAGAUCCCCGCUCCUUGUCUUUCCCAAUCCUAAACCCUGCCCUUUCCCAGCCCAGCCAGCCUUCCCCGCCCCUUCCUGGCUCCCAUGGGAGAAACAGCCCUGGCUUGGGUUCCCUCGUUGGCCCCCACGGUCCACACAUGCCCCCUGCUGCCUCCAUCCCGCCUCCCCCAGGCUUGGGCGGUGUUAAGGCUUCUGCUGAAACUCCCCGGCCCCAACCAGUAGACAAACUGGAGAAGAUCCUGGAGAAGCUACUGACUCGCUUCCCACAAUGCAAUAAGGCCCAGAUGACCAACAUUCUUCAGCAAAUCAAGACCGCACGGACCACCAUGGCAGGCCUGACCAUGGAGGAACUGAUGCAGUUGGUAGCGGCCCGCCUGGCCGAACACGAGCGGGUGGCAGCCAGUACCCAGCCCCUCGGUCGGAUCCGGGCCUUGUUCCCUGCUCCGCUGACCCAAAUCAGUACCCCAAUGUUCUUGCCUUCUGCCCAAGUUUCGUAUCCUGGAAGGUCUUCACAUGCUCCAGCCACCUGUAAGCUGUGUCUAAUGUGCCAGAAGCUUGUCCAGCCCAGUGAGCUGCAUCCAAUGGCGUGCACCCAUGUGCUACACAAGGAGGUGGGUGCUACGGACCUUCUUCUUUCCACUCUGUUUUCGGAAUUUUUCUGGAACGUGUUGCUGUGUAUCAACUCAUCAUUAAUAUCUCAACGUGAGGUUUUCAUGUAUCAAAUUCUGGGCCCAGACCAACACAAAUGACACUUGUCCCUUUUGUCCAACUCUUAAAUGAUGGACCUGACUGGGGAGGAAGAAGAGGAGAAACUGAUGUGAACAGGAAGCGCGGGUUCAAGAUUUCUAAAACUCUAUAUUUAUACAGUGACCUAUACUCAUGCCAUGUACAUUUUUAUUAUAUAGGUAAUGUGUGUAUAGAAAGUCUGUAUCCAAAUGUCCGUAAAUGAAAGUAUGUAUAUUAUGCAGAAAUGGUCUCUCCCUCUCACCUUGCAAUUCCUUCGGGGGAUGCAGAUUGUAGGUAAGAUGAUGUUUAGUUUGCCCUUGAAAUUAUGAUAUCCUUGCCUGGGGCUGUUUUCAAGUACAAUAUAAAAACCAUCUAGGAAGCUGCUGUUGCCCUAAGGCCAUCCUGCUUUGAUUUGGCUCAGCCUCUAGUUCAUUUUCUUAAGGCUCAUGUAUGCAGAUUUGAACCCUGGUGCUCACCUGCUGUCCAACCAGAUGCCUUGCUUACUGAAAGCCUACGGAAGCCUCAGUGUUGUUCUAGCCACUCGACUCCAAAUGGAUAAAAUGAGACUGAUUGAGGAAAAAAAAAAUGUAACCCUAAUAGUUUGAAUUUUCAUUGAAUAUUUUACUGUGUUAACGCUCAUUAUUUGCACAUAGACAUUAGGUUUACAGAAUAUUCUGUUUUACAUCAGCAAAAUUCACAGUCCAAGAAUACCAACAUAACUGGGUCCCAUUUCUCCCAUGCCCCCCAAAAGCUUCUGUCCAUCUGACUUCCUGGAUAGGCCUCUCUUUAGAAACUAGCACAGCCCACAGAUCUUUCCUGGGCCAAACCAUCCCUUGCUGCCACUGACUUGGCUUCCGAUCAAGCUCUGACAGACCAACCUUGUGAAGGCCUCACCUCUUCCCCUUCACUUCUGGUCUCCUGGUCAGUUAGUCCCCCUCCCCACUGAAGGUUAAGGCAGUUGGUUCACAACCAAGUUGUUUGGUGACCUUGGGUGAGCUCUAGGCAGGCACUGGGGUGAGGAGAUGUCUGUGCAAAAUUACUUGCAGAAUGAUGCCAGAUUUUAAUUUUUGAAGCAAGAAAAUUAUGGGGGACAUGUUUCCUAUCCUGGGAAAAAUGGAGGCCAAAGUGACAUGAAGGGGGGUUGGAGUUCAAGUUUAGAAGUCAUUUGUUCUAUAGAUAGCUGUCUAGAACGAGAUCGCUUUCCCACCUCUGCUUAUUGAGCACUUCUGGUGUUUAGGUUUAUACCUGUGAAAGCUGUGAAUCUCUGAGAGCUUUGACUCUUUUCCUGUCCUUUUUUCUUUGCUCCUACAGGAAAUGGCUUCAGCUUCCUUCUCUUUUGGAUUAAACAAGGAAAAACUUAAGUGUUAAUUAAAAAAAAAACCAAAAACACUAGCUCCAGGGGAAGGACAUCAUUGUAUUACCAACAGCUGAAUUGUUCCCGUUCUGGGACCUGGACAUACUUCCUGGUGCUGGCAGCACUGUCCGGGUAGCAAACACUUUCCCUUUCAGAUCCAGUUAUAUUCCCUGCUCUCUGCUUUUGAUCUUUUCCUUCUUUGUCCUUCGUCUUUGCCUAUCAGCCUCUUAGACGUAGUCCUUCCCUUCUUUUGCCUUACUUGCUCAGCCUUGUUGACUAGCAUCAUUUUCAGGAGCUGGACUUCCCAGGACCUCCUUGGCAUCUUGUAGGGUGAUUGAAAUGGCCUGAGUUCUCACCUCUGUAGAGGUCAGGUGACUCACUUUCUUUGGUUAAUGAAAUAUUAAUGUCUCCAGUUUGGUAGCUAUCAUGAACGGAAAUGUGGCAAAAUGGAAGACCAGUUCCUUUGUUCUUUUCAUUUGGGGGAUUCAUUUUUUUCUCUUGCAAUCAAAAGAUUUUCUCUCUCAUCAACUUUGCAGUAGUAGCCUUUAGGCCACUAGCAAUAUUUUUCAGUAUUACCUAAAAAUCUAGAAAUUAGGAAUGGAUAUAAAGGCUAUUCUCUUUUCCACAGAUCUUUGAAGCCAAAGGAAUAUAGAGAGAAGAAAGGAAGAAGUUGUGGGGGGAGCUUAUCCGCUUCCUAGUAAAAGCCCCUUGAAAGCCAACUAAAGCAGGAAGACAGAUGUUUUGGGGAGCUGUGUGCGAGAGCUGGGGCCUCUGUGUUGCUCUUUUCUCUGUCUUGUUCGGGAUCAAUCAGAAAGCAACAUUUAAGUUUUGGCCACCCUUGUUCUCCCUUCUCCCUCUGUCUCCUGGCCUGCAGGGGUAGAAGCCAUGCAGACUGGCGGGAAAGGCCUCUAAUGCAGUGAGUAGAGAUGGGACAGUCGCUUUUCAGGAGUCGACUCUAAAAAUAGAGAUAGAUAAUACAUAUUUUUACAAGCAAGAAGCUGUUGUCGAGAUUUUUUUUUUUUUUACACUUAGAGUUAAAGUUUCAGGGUAGAAAGGAAGUAACGGUAAAAAGAAAAAUAAGUACAAGUUUUUUUUUAAAAAAUAUGACAGUGGGACUUAACUAAUGAAGGGGUUGAGUAUUAUGCCCUGGAAAGAGCUGGGGAAAAGCCAGUUUUCCCCAACAUGGAUAGAAAUUAUAAAGCAGAAUGUGGCGUUUUUAUUACAUGGUAGCAAUUCUGGAAGUUUAUUUACACAGUAAGUUCCGAGCUGGAAACGGACACUCUCCAGUCUUCCUGACAGUCUCUGUGGUUAGGGGUGUUCCCAGUCGGCCAAAGCAGCACCAAGUACAAGGGGAAUGAAGAGAACCCAGAUAAAGAACUGUGAUUCAAUAUUCUUGUUUUAUUGGUUUAUGGCUUGUGGGCAGCUGGCCGAGGCCAGGGUCUCCAGAGGCCCUCCUUGUAUUUCCCUUUCCCUCAUCAGGUAAUUCCACACUCGGCAGGUCCCAUCCCUGGAAGCAGUGUGUUGACAAGCUAGCGACAGGACCCGGUGGGUAUACGAGGAGAAUCACGUCUUCCACUAACCCUGGUAUCAGAGUUGACUGUGUUAGAACUGAUCGGGAGGAAAUGAACUUGGUCCCCACUACCUAGCCCAAGAACCAGCCUGGGUACCCAAGUACUAUUCGGAGUGGGGAGUAAGGAGUAAGAUAGGGGAGAAGGAUGGCAUCCCCUGAGGGGCUCUGGUGGUGAAGGAAGUACGGAAGCCCUGAGGCUGGCAGCCUUUCUCUAGCAGCCUUGUUAUCGAAGGCAAUGAUGCUAGAGCCAGAAAGCCCUGCGUUUCUGACACUGGGUGUAAUACUAGUGCCCCUGUGGGGUGCCUUAGCCAAGUAAUGGAGGGGACAUCAGAGAGGGUGAGAAGGCGAUGAAACCGCUCUGUAUCGUGUGGAGAUCUUACUACUACUUACUGCUGAACAGGAAGAAAUCCAGGCAGAGGCACCAGGGCAUCAACCCUGUACCUUCUGAGUGAACCUUGAUGAUUCUGCUUUCAAGGGUUAAGAAAGAGAGGUCUCCUGUGUAUCCCUCUUAGCACCUCAGCUGCAGAGCUCCAGAGGAAUAGGGGUUUGGGGGUGGGCGUGAACACGUAAGCAGGAAGACAGAGCCAGGCCCUGCUCUAUUUGGUGUGUUCCAGUUGCUUCUCAUAGGGCACCUGGGGCUGGGGGUGGGGGGUGGGAAGUGUCAGUGUUAACCUAGCGUGUGUGGAGUAAAGGGUUCAGGUAGAGACAAGUGGAAUCAUUCAGGUAGAAAUUCAUUUGUUAGAUGGAACUUCUUAGUGGGCACUUUUCAUUUAAGAGAGUUAAAAAGAGCUUUUUGCUAGGUAAGCCCUUCUUCCCAACUCACUUUCGGUCAGGCUACAACCACAGAAAAAACAUCGGGCAGCGACGCCCAUCUUAUAAGAUGGGCUUCUAUCUUGGAGAUGCAGUCUGAAACUGGGACUGGCGAGUGGCCGUGGUUCUGCCUUUUCUAGCUCUGAUCCCAGCUGUUCCCUGUCUUUGCGCUCCCUCUCCUCUCCUCUUCCAACCGCCCCAUCUGUACAAAUAUUCAGUCUCAUUUUUAAUUCACGCGGCAGUCUUUGUACCAAUGUUAGGCUUGUUUCUGCAGUCCCUAUCACUAAAGCAAAUCGCAAACCGUGCGUCCGUUCCUACUGACUUUGGUCAGGGAAGCGGCGUUGGCCCUUUCUCUGCCGAGGGUACGGCAGAGAGACGCUCACGGGGGUGACUUGGCUGUGAUGCCACUACUUCUGGAACUAAGAAGAGAAGACUACUUCGGGUUGGAGAAUCCAGAGGGGUGGUGGGCAAAGGUUCAAGGCUGAAGAAUUUCCCAACUCGGGCUGGAGGUGACCACGAAUAUUCCCGCCACCAGAGUGCUGCUUUCUUCCCUCUCCCGAUUCCUACAGGUGCCAUUCCUGUAACCCACCGUGCCCGCCCGCCCUUCUUUUCGGGCAGGGCAGAGGCAUUUGGUGGGUAGGUGAGGGUCUUGAGGUGCUCUGGCCACCAGUGCCAACAGUGCGUCCUGCUCGUGCCCAGAGUGAGCCCGCAGGUGCGGCCAGGAGAGUCCCUGUCUCCUGCCCGUGGGCCGCCUCACUUCAGCAGGGAGAUGUCGUCGGCAAAGUCACCGUGUUGCUGGCGCAGGCAGCGCAGGCAGCGCCACUGGCACACCAUGAGGCAGAGCGGCAGCAUGAAGAGGGCGCAGAUGGCCGCCAUGACGUAGGCUAUGGUCAUGAGGGUCGACUCGUCUGUCUGUGGGAUGUUGUAGCCACAGUCUUCCAUGUCCGGGGUCAUAAACGGGCCUUCCACUGCUGCCGUCCUGAACUCAUCAUGCACUGGAGAAAGGGCAAACGCGAAUGGGCAGCUCUCACCGUCACACAGCAGUUUGGGUCACAGAGCAAAAAGAACUUCCUGGUAGGCCUUGAAAUCAGCCCGCGAGGAGGCCCUAGCAUCUCCUCCCUUGGAGAUAUUUAGGAGCAGGCCAGAGGAGCCUUGCUAGGUAGAAGCACGUCUCUCCUCCCGGGGCACUGGGAGCAACAACCCUUUCCUGGAUAACCAUGCGGCAGGAAUGAUACCUAAAGGUCAGUCUCCUGAGUUGACCAAAAAGACAGCCCCGUGUAUUCCUAGUACACUCACCGGCUUCCGCCGGUACCGAAGACCCCGCCGCCGUUCUGAAGGCACACCCGGCCCCAUCGUGUAGCAGCCCACGGGGCCCGGGGAUCUAGAGCUUCCCUAGGGGCCGAGGCAGCUCUUGCUGGUCCGGGCCUCCGGCGGAGCUACAGCCCGGGGAAGGCCUCGCCGCGCCGGGCACACGGACAAAGCAUGGGCCCGGACGCUAGCUUUGACACCGGCUGUUGGCUCUGCCUCAAGGCAACUGUGACUACCUCCCAGGCUGACAGGGGCCCAGGGAUCCUAACUGCCGGACAGUGAGAACACGGACAGACGGAGCCCACACCCUCCCCCCUGGCUCUUACCAUGACAGGCACUGACGGCAAAGCCAAUUCGUUUUCGGGCCCGAUCAAAGACGACGUAGAAGCCCUCCAUGAUCACAGCUCCCAUCACAGUGCCCGUGGAGGACUGUGAGAUGGCGAAUUUGUAGCAGUCGUCUUGGGACGUGGCCACGUCUUCCACUGGCCGCAGGUAUUGCUAAGGACAAGCAGUCAGAGGGAGAAGGGUGUCCUCCUCGCUGCAUCCCUCCCCCUCCCUGCCUCUGCCUUCUAGAUCUCUGUGCCCAGGGGCCGCUCUUCCCUCUGCCAUCCCCGAGCUCUGUGGGCUUGCUUUGUGCCGCAGGACGCUGCUGUCUCUUGUCUUCCACGUUCUGCGAAGCCACGCCGGCUCCCUGUCUCCCCGUGUGAACCGUGCCCUCUUCCUGGGACCCCACCAACUCCGGCUGGGGACAUACCUGUGGAAGGAUGGUGAUGCGGAAGGACUGAUUGGUGACCUCGCCCAUUAGGUAGAGGGAGAUGACCGGGAAAAUGUUCCAAGGGGUGGUGCCUGCCUGCCAGCAUACCAGCUGCUCCCCCAGCCAGAACCCGUCCGGAAACUUCUCCGUCUGUGUGGCCAAGAAAGGGUAACAGUGAGGAAGCCGCCUCUUCCGCCAUCGCGCUUCUCCCACUUUCAGAUAACACUGGGCUCUCUUUUUGCUUUUCUAUGGACUAUCCAAAUUGGGGAAGGGCACACUGAAACCCAAGAAUUAGGGGAAGAGAGCUGGAGGGUGAGGCCAAAACUCUGUACCAGGGGGCCUGUAGAAUGAGCAAGCCGAGGCCCAUGAAAGAGACUCGCUCUGAAGACAUUUAAGUAGAAGGAUCUAAGGGUAGACAGCUUGUCCCUUGUUGAGGGGACAAGGGACCUUCAUGGACUUCCUCUGACACUGCAUCAUCUCUUGGACCCCUGCCCUGAGUCCCACUGACCGAGGAGGCUGCCUUGAUGGAUUUGACAGCAGCUUCAAACACUUUCUUGGGCAGACGAAGAUUGGUGGUGCCACUGUCCACGAUGCUCUUGUCGUAGUUGUACUAGGAGGGAGAAGAGAGGUUUAGAAGAGUCAAAAGCCUUGUGUGAUGCUGGGCUCUGGCCGGAAUCAGAAGGGGGGAUCUGACUGCUUGGGGUGGCAUCCUGGCUUGGCACUUCUCUUAGGAGUGUACCCUUGGGCAAGUUGUUCAGCCUCUGUGCCUCCGUUUCCUCGUCUUUAAAAUGAGGAUAAUAACAGCACCUACCUCAAAGAGUUAUUAUAAGGAUGAAAUUAAUACAUGUGAAGUGCUUAGAAUGGUGUCCGGCACGUAGGGAGCGUUCAGUAAAUGCUAACUCUUAGUAUCUUGGGUUGGGCAGACAUUCUCCAAAUCUUGAAAAUAAAAAUACCUUGUAUAGUGCUUUUAACUUUUCAUAGUCCUUUUAUAUCUAUUCUCUUUGAACAUACAUUAAGAAUCUAGGUAAGGAAGACCCAAAUGGUUGAGCUACCGUUUAUUGGGAACUUCUGUGUGCCAGGCACUGGGAGAAACAACUUAUUUUCUCUGUCUUCAUCACAAUCUCUGGAAAAGCUGUUUUUCCCUCUGUUUUGCAGAUGAGGAAACUGAAACACAACCUAGUAACUUGCCUGAGGGCACAUAGCUAGUAAAUGGCAGAGCUAGGAACCCAGGUCUUCCCAGUUCCAAAGCUGGACGCUUCCGCUACAUCAUCCCACACUGCCCCGCACAUGACUUGCCCAAAGCCGUCAAGCAAGGCAGUGACUGUGGAGUCCAGACAUGCUUUUUUUUCCCUUACCAGACCAUAAGCCCCAAGGUCCCCUUGCAAGUGCCCUGCCAGUCCCUUGCCCCCCAACUUCAGGUCCUGCUGUGUCACCAUUAAGCUCCCAAUUGUUCUGGGCUCAGCCCCCAACCCUUUCUGCAGGUCCUACUCCUCUGCCUCAUCCUCCCAAUCUCAUAACUCAGGGUCUGACCUCAUGCUAUGUUGCCUCCCCCUUCCCUUUCCCUGGGUCCCCCUUGGUGGUGUUACCUCCUUGCAGUCCAUUUUCAGGUCCUGCCCGUUGAUCUCCACCCGCACAAUGAUGACCUCGUAGUACCACUCCCGCCGGAUGGGUGUGUACCAGAGGCUGCCCGUGUACAGUGAGUGGUCGAUACCUCCGAUGAUCUAGGGACAAAGGGAGGCAGGUACCCGUGUCCCGGCACAGAGGGACAGCAAGUCACCCAGAGAGCAAGCAGUGGGAUCAGAGAUUUCUGGGAGGGUAGCAAGGCCCUUCACAGGCCACCUUUCUCAUCUUCCUGCUUCUAAUCAAAUCCUGUCCCAAAGUGAUUUGUAGUUUCUUAAGUGUUAAGAAUAUAUCAGGGGAAGACUUUACAGGAUUUUAAAUUAUUUGUUUCAGAGUCUCACAGCCCUCAAUAUAAAGUUAUUUAAACUUAAACUGGCACAAUAAAUGUUAAAUGAAUGAUUAUUUGCUUCUAUUUCAAGUUUUAUGUUCUCUGCGUGUUGGAGAUGGAGAACCAUUCACCAACUGUCCUAAUUAAUUAAUAAAUAGACUUUUAACUCCUUA